AAGAUUUAGCCGUGGUGCCCCGCAGGCUUACUGUACACAUACUAGGGCCCAGGACAGCCAGGUCCAGCCAGUGGUUGCAGCCUGAGCCCUCGGCAAACUGGCCUGACCAUCUUGGACAAUGCUGCUUUCCCUGUGCACCUAUUUCCUCUGGCUGUCCACCAGUGACCUCUGGACCGUCCAGGCUAAGGACCCAGAUACUGAUGUGAGCAAGAGGAGCCCUCACCGGGACUUGGCUCCAAACAAUGUUGACUUUGCCUUUAUCCUAUAUAGGCAUCUUGUGGCUUCAGCUCCUGGAAAGAAUGUCUUCAUCUCCCCUGUGAGCAUCUCCAUGGCCUUAGCUAUGCUGUCUCUGGGAUCCUGUGGCCACACACGGGUCCAACUCCUCCAAGGCCUGGGCUUCAACCUCACCAAUAUAUCUGAAGCUGAGAUUCACCAGGGCUUUAAGCACCUCCACCACCUCUUCGAGAAGGAGUCAGACACCAUGUUGGAAAUGGUUAUGGGUAAUGCUUUGUUCCUUGACCGCAGCCUGGAACUUCUGGAGUCAUUCUCAGCAGACACCAAGCACUACUAUGAGUUGGAGGCUUUGGCUACAGAUUUCAAGGAUGGGGCUGGAGCCAGCAGACAAAUCAAUGAGUAUAUCAAAAAUAAGACACAAGGGAAAAUUGUGGACUUGAUAUCAAAGCUGGAUAGUUCAGCCAUGCUCAUCCUGGUCAACUACAUUUUCUUCAAAGGCACAUGGGAACGGCCCUUCAACCUGGAGAGCACCAGGGAGGAAAACUUCUACGUGAACAAGACCACCGUGGUGAGAGUGCCCAUGAUGGUCCAGUCGGGCCCCAUCAAGUACUUUCAAGACCCAGUGCUCCCCUGUCAGCUGGUCCAACUGGAGUACAUGGGCAAUGAGACUGUCUUCUUUGUCCUCCCAGAAGAGGGAAAGAUGGACACAGUCAUCACCGCGCUGAGCAGGGGCACCAUUCAGAGGUGGUCUGAGUCCCUGACCACGGGCAGCCAGGUAAACCUGUUCAUCCCAAAGGUGACCAUCUCCGGAGCCUACGACCUCAGGACCAUCCUGGGGGCCAUGGGCAUUUCAGACUUCCUCAGCAAGGAGGCAGAUUUCUCCGGCAUCGCCCGAGAGCCCCAGCUGACAUUGUCAGAGGUGGUUCAUAAGGCUGUGCUGCAACUCGAUGAAAAGGGCUUGGAAACCGCCGACUCCCCCAGGGUCAUGCUGCGCACGGUGCCCGAGCCUCUCACCUUCCGCUUCAACCGCCCGUUCAUUGUCAUGAUCUUCAACCACUUCACGUGGAGCAGCCUCUUCCUGGGCAAGGUUGUGAAUCCAACCUAAGGGUGCCCCCCACCCCCCGGGAGCCACAGCCCCGGCUGACCCUGCGUACCAGAGAGCACAGAAACGACUGGGGGGGGGGGAGGUUCCCCCUUGUCUUCUCCAGGUUCUUCUGUCCAAAUAAAUCACCAUCACUGUCAAGGCCAGCAGGUGUGGUUGAAGGGAUGAAAUGGGACAGGUGACACGCUCAGAAUGGCAGCGUGCCACCUUGAGCCCUUGACCAUCAUGUUGUGGUUACAGGGCAUGUGGAAGCCGGGGAAGAGUAUAUGGAAGAGUAUAUGGAAACACUAUGGUUUUUGUAAAUUUUUGUUAGUUUGAAAUUAUUUCUAGAAAAGGAGGAAUCAUGCAAGCCCAAACACGACAGAAUGACAUAUUUGAAGUGCUAGGGGGAAUGUGGUGACAGCUUCAAAAAAGGAAAAAGGAAGAAACAAAACAAUCCUUCAAAAAUGAAGGCAAAAUGAAGGUUCUUCUCCAGACAAACAAAAGCUGAGAAAGUUCGUCACCUUCCCUAAAGACAAUUUUUAAGGCUGGAACGAGAUGAUUCUAAGGGAAAAUUUGGACCUACGCAAAAGAAUGAAGAGUGCGGGAAAGGGUAUAUAUGCGAACAAAGAGAAGACGUUGUUUAAAAAAAUCUUAAAAAUAUAAUUAACUGUC